UUAACUUAAAUGUCAAGUUCACUUACUUUGGUGUUCAUAUUGUGUUCUUGAUGAUAUUAUUACAAAGUUCAUUAAUCACAUGCAUUUUUAUUAUUGUGUAGAAAAAUGAAAGGUAUUAACCCUGGUCCAUGCAUACCAAUGCAAAGUCAUCACUCAUCAUCUGAAUGGUGAUUUCACAGGAAACGUUCAUUUACAACCGUGGUCUUCAACAUGGUGCCCGCAUGGAGUCUGUUUUGCUGGGCUGUGUGCUGGUGAACCUUGUGUAUGCCAAACAGGGACAGAAGCGAAUAUGUGAGACCAGUUUGACCAUUUCCACUGACUUUCAAGCAAUGGCAGAAAACAUAGAUGGGAAUGGCAACAUCCAUAACCGCUCGCUAUCGCCAUGGACCUGGAUACCAAAGUUUUCCUCAAACAGAAUACCACAAGUCAUCUUUGAAGCCCAGUGCAAUACAGAGUAUUGCAAAUAUCCCAACAGUGAUGUGGAUGAGAGACUUAACUCUGUGCCCGUAUAUCAGGAAAGACUGGUGUUGAUACAAGAUACGCAAGACAGAAAGUGUUUCAGGGCGACUUUUGAGAGUGUUAUAGUGGGCUGUACAUGUGUAUGGGCCAAAACAUCCUAAAAUCACUCUGUUUGUUGGAUUGAAUUGAUUUAUUUGAUGUGACAAAACUGAGACUACUUUGUUUCACGUAUUUCUAAACAAAGAGUAAAGUUAUGUGUUUUGUAAUUCAUUUAGCAAGCACUUGCCUUUACUAAAGUAUGUAUAUGAUUGAAAUAUGUAAAUAUGAUUUUGUCAUAGUUGUAUUUUAGCCAAUCAAAUAGCCAAUUUCUGUUAAUGAUCCUCUUUUAAGUACCCAAACACAUUUGAGUUAUAUAUAUACAAUACAGAUAAUUACAAGAUAUUGCAGAUAUGUGCAUGACAAUGGUCGUGCCUUAGACAAUAAAGUGUUUUAAAGUGUAUAAUGUUAAAGGCUUUCAU